AUGGGGUCAACAAAACAUUGCAUACGCUCUUCACGAGCAAUAUACAAUGCGUUUUCGAAACCGAGCGUUUGCGACGUAACGCUGCCAUCCUUCCUCGUCCCAGCAUUCGCGCCCAAGCCGCAGCGACAAACAUCCCAAUUCUCCACGUCCACACGAUGCGCAUCCAAGAUCGGCCGCGCGCCCCUCUCACUACCGCCCGAGGUCACAUUUCAAAUACUUCAGCCGCCGAAGCCGAAGGUCGCCAAGCGGAUGAGCAGAACACAGGCUGGGUCGGUGGUGAACAUCAAGGGACCGCUGGGAGAGAUGAGCAUAGACAUACCUCCUUACAUCAACAUAGAAAGCACAGGCGAGUCCAGAAUGUAUACGCUUUCUAUAUUGGAUCAGGAGGAUGAGAAGCAGAAAGCUAUGUGGGGUGAGCCAUAUCGAUCGAUGGCCUCGGUGAGCUAGCCAAGUACUGAUGCCUCCGUGAUAUAGGAACGAUACGCGCAUACCUUCAGAACCUCAUUCUUGGCGUAUCAGAAGGUCAUGCGGCUAUUCUUAGACUUGUCGGAGUCGGGUAUCGUGCUUCCAUCGAAGACACGGCUACCACCGUAUCGCCGGAAUACCCCGGACAGAAGUUUGUGUCUCUGAAAGUCGGAUACUCACAUCCUAUUGAACUUGGUGUCCCGAAAGGCGUCAAAGCAAGUACACCACAGCCGACGAGAAUACUGCUGGAGGGGAUGGAGAAAGUAGUGGUGAAGCAGUUUGCUGCAGAAAUAAGAGCUUGGAGAGUACCUGAGCCGUACAAGGGCAAGGGCAUCUUUGUGAAUGAUGAGACCAUCAAGUUGAAGGCGAAGAAGAUCAAGUAG